UCCCUGUGGGAGGAAGGCGAAGAACAAUAUGGAUGGGCUCCUAGAACAGACCAGUGUGUUAAUGCACAGUAAAAUCGCUGAAGCUGGGAAAAAGAAUGGCUUAAUUAACACCAGGAACUUAAUGGCGGAGAACAGAGAUGGCCUGGUCUCCGUGUACCCAGCCCCACAGUACCAGAGCCACAUCGUGGGGAACCUCGCUGCUCAAAGCAGGAGCGACCCAGUGCAGCAGCUGCUGGACCCCAAUACGCUCCAACAGACCGUGGGGUCCCACUACCGCCCCAACAUCAUCCUCUACUCGGAGAAUGUGCUGCGCUCCUGGGGGGAGAGCGUGAGCGCCGAGUGCUGUGAGACCACCUUCAUUGAGGACCGCUCCCCCACUAAGGACAGCCUGGAGUACCCCGACAGCAAGUUCAUCGACCUCUCCGCUGACGACAUCAAGAUCCACACCCUCUCCUAUGACGUGGAGGAAGACGAGGAUUUCCAGGAGCUGGAG